CUGAGGAGGGGCAAGAUGGUGCUGGAGAGCACCAUGGUCUGCGUCGACAACAGCGAGUACAUGAGGAACGGGGACUUCUUGCCAACUCGCCUGCAAGCCCAGCAAGAUGCCGUCAACAUCGUCUGUCAUUCGAAGACCCGGAGCAACCCCGAGAACAACGUGGGCCUUAUCACUUUAGCCAAUAACUGCGAGGUGUUGACCACGCUGACCCCCGACACGGGCCGCAUCCUAUCCAAGCUGCACUCGGUGCAGCCCAAAGGGAAGAUCACCUUCUGCACGGGGAUCCGAGUGGCCCAUCUGGCAUUGAAGCACCGUCAGGGCAAGAACCACAAGAUGCGCAUCAUCGCCUUUGUGGGGAGUCCCGUGGAGGACAACGAGAAAGAUCUGGUGAAACUGGCCAAGCGCCUGAAGAAGGAGAAGGUCAACGUGGACAUCAUCAACUUUGGCGAGGAGGAAGCCAACACAGAUAAGCUGACAGCCUUCAUCAACACCCUGAACGGCAAGGAUGGCACCGGUUCCCACCUAGUGACCGUGCCCCCGGGCCCCAGCCUGGCCGACGCGCUCAUCAGCUCUCCCAUCCUGGCCGGGGAAGGGGGAGCCAUGCUAGGCCUGGGGGCCAGUGACUUUGAGUUCGGCGUGGACCCCAGCGCUGACCCGGAGCUGGCUCUGGCACUCCGCGUCUCCAUGGAGGAGCAGCGGCAGAGGCAAGAGGAGGAGGCCCGGCGGGCCGCAGCAGCAUCUGCCGCAGAAGCCGGCAUUCCAGCCACUGGUGGGGAUGAGUCAGACGACGCCCUCCUCAAGAUGACUAUUGGCCAGCAGGAGUUUGGCAGGGCCGGCCUGCCCGACCUCAGCACCAUGACCGAAGAGGAGCAGAUCGCGUAUGCCAUGCAGAUGUCUUUGCAAGGGGCCGAGUUUGGGCAGGGCGAGUCGGCCGAAGUGGACAGCAGUGCGGAGAUGGACACGUCAGAGCCCACCAAGGAAGAAGACGACUACGAUGUGAUGCAGGACCCGGAGUUCCUGCAGAGCGUGCUGGAGAACCUGCCGGGCGUUGACCCCAACAACGAGGCCAUCCGCAACGCCAUGGGCUCCCUGGCCUCCCAGGCCUCCAAGGAGAACAAAGACAAGAGCGAGGAGGAGAAGAAAUGAUGCCACCCGGGCUUCCCUGGCACACGGCCGGGAGCCCCUCCGCUCUGCAUGCCCGGGUUGCAUAGCCAAGGACCCGCGGUCUCUGUAAU